AUGUCUGAGACAGGUCUAUCUCUUGUGCAAAUGAUGGUGAGCGGAGGGAGUGCCGCCUGUAUAGCCGAUAUGGCCACCUUUCCUCUGGAUGUAAGUGUUAACAGUUUAAUACGCUAUAAUACCAGUAUUACCGAGGUGGUCACCAAAGUUCGUCUCCAAAUAUCAACGACCAUUGCCGCCGACACAAUGGCCGUCGCCGAGGGGCUGGUCAUACCGGCCGAGUAUAAGGGCUUUUACGGCACUUUCAUGGGAAUGGCUCGCAAUGAGGGCCUUCGCGGCCUAUAUGGAGGUAUUGUGCCCGGCCUUCAACGCCAGUGUGUGUUAGCCUCCAUACGGGUGGGCCUAUACGAGCCCGUCAAAGAUCUUUACACCCAAAAACUAGGACUGGGUGAUGGCCAUGGAGCCAAUAUGUUUAUCCGUAUCAUAUCGGCCAUCACAACCGGCACUGUUGGCAUUUGUUUCGCACAGCCGACAGAUGUGGUGAAAGUACGAAUGCAGGCCCAGAACCGAGGGAACGGUACUUUCCGGUACCACAACUCGGUUCACGCCUACCGAUCCAUAUUGAAACACGAAGGACUACAUGGCCUAUGGAAAGGGUUUGUGCCCAACAUUGUACGCAAUUCGGUGGUCAAUGUGGCGGAACUGGUCUGUUAUGAUACGAUCAAAGACGCGCUCCUCAGCUCCGGUAUUAUGCGAGACGGACUCGUAUGUCAUUUUAGCGCCGGUUUAAGCGGU